AUGGGACAAAUGUCAGGAGAACUACACGCUGCCUCGUUGCUUCGCAUGCGUCGCGUGAUGAAAUGCAUGGGAAUGCUACCGAUAUUUCAGAACCUCCACGCGAAAGUGUUUUGCACUGUGGUCCUCUUGAUUACAGUGGGAUGUUCCAGUUACUGGCGCUUCAGCUUUGACUAUGACUUCGACUAUGAUUUCCUAAACGAUCACUUUUCCAGCACCAUCGAUCUGACCAACUUUACGGCCCUCAUUGCGAGUCAUGUGAUUAUUGUGAUAGAAUUGUUGUGGGCAAAUUGCAGCCAGGAUGUGGAUAGGCAGUUGCAGGAGAUCCAUUGCCAGUUGAAAGUACAACUGGGCAUACCAAAUAAUACGGAUAGGAUUAGGGGAUACUGCAAUGCCAUUUAUGGGUCCCUGAUCAUCAGGUGGCUCAUAUUCUUCUUAAUGACUGUCUAUAAUAAUCGCGCUUUGACCUACUAUGCUUUAUAUUCUGAAUUGGUUUUGCUGGCUCGUUUCUCCGAGUUCACUUUGUACUGUGCCGUGAUUUUGUUCCUUUAUCAGGAACUCGUCCUUGGAGCUUCGAAUGUGGUUAAAGAGCUGGAGAAAACCCGAUUUGAACUGUGGACCAUUCGCCGUUUGACUCUGGAGAAGUUGCCCAAGCUGCAAAGAAUCCACGGUUCAUUGUGGCAAUCGAUUCGAUGUUUGGAGCGCUACUUUCAGCUGAGCCUGAUCACACUGCUCAUGAAAUUCUUUGUGGAUACCUCGGCUCUGCCCUACUGGCUGUAUCUCAGUAAAGUGCAGCACACAGAUGUGUCCAUACAACACUAUGUCGAAUUGGACGAGUGCAUCAAAAUCUUGGAAAUUAUAGUGCCCUGCUAUAUCUGCACACGAUGCGAUGCAAUGCAGCGAAAGUUGCGAUCGAUGUUCUACACAAUCACCACAGAUCGACGAAAUGGCCAACUUAAUGCAGCUCUGAGAAGACUUAAUCUGCAACUCAGUCAGGAGAAAUGUCAGUUUAGUGCAGGAGGACUGGUGGAAAUCACCACAGAAAUGCUGGGAAAGUUCAUCUUUGGAAUGAUCAGCUACAUAGUGAUCUGCAUUCAAUUUAGCAUCAAUCUCAGGGCCAGCAAUUCCAGCAAACUUGCACAAAGUUCGACACCCGGUGCCCACAUUUAA